AUGAACAUGCAGCGCUGCGACCUCCUCUGCCUCCCCGAGAACCACCAGAUGAAGGACUAUUUCUACCACGGCCUCUCGCAGCCCCCGCUCUCCUACACAGCUGAGGACGAGGACGGCACGAUCGUGGGCUACGUCCUGGCCAAAAUGGAGGAGGAUCCUGAUGAUGUCCCGCACGGACAUAUCUCCCUGGCUGUGAAACGCUCACACCGGCGCCUUGGUUUGGCCCAGAAGCUGAUGGACCAGGCCUCACGGGCCAUGAUUGAGAACUUCAGCGCCAAAUAUGUGUCCCUGCAUGUCACAAAGAGCAACCGAGCAGCGUUGCACCUUUAUUCUAAUACCCUCAACUUCCAGGUCCAUGAAGUGGAACCCAAAUAUUAUGCAGAUGGGGAAGAUGCUUAG